AAUUUGAGAUGGAUAGAUUGCUUGAGAUUGAUUUCAGAAAAGCAUACAAUGCGAUACAUUGGGCUAAACAAAAAGCGGGAACUAAAUUAUGCUCGACGACAAGUCGAGGAAAACUCUUCACAUACACUGUACAUACAUAUACAAGGGAGGAAGAGAAAGAGGACAUUUUAACACGUGUUUAUGGGUCGGAUGCCGCUCACCAAUGUAUAUUGUAUAUUUAAAUUAUCUGGACGUCAGUAACAUUCCUAAAAAAAUAAUUAAAGAAAUCAAAUCUCAUGAUCGUUGUGUCAUCAGUUUUUUUCCAUGUUACAUGAGUUAUAGUGAAAUUCAGUGGAUAUUUUCUGAAACGAUUUGAAUUUCAUUCCCAGGGUAAAUAUCGUGUCAUCGGCACAUGCAUAUAGAGACUAAUAACACCCACCCACCAGAUAUACGUAAAGGUACAUGUACCUCGCCUUAAGUGCAACCAAGCAUACUCCCUUGUCACGUUGCAUCCGUGUCGAUACCAAGCGAUGCGGAACACUUGUUAUCAGUAAUAAACGAUCGUAAGUUAUAUUCUGUAACACAUGUUGCGCUGCGGUUCGUGAAUAAACGUGUGUAUUGAUUGUGGGUAUUGAUUCUUCUUUUUACAUAUAGCCUCAACAAUGACAGGAUUGAUCAAACAGAAACAGUAUAACUGGAAGGAUUCAAACUUAGAAUUUUUCGGAUCCAAAGAAGAGCGAGACAUCAAAAAAUCUGCAGCGGCAUGUGAAGUUGCCUGGAAAACAGCAGGAGUAAAGCCCGGGAUUCAAAUAUGGCGGAUAGUGAACUUCAAAGUCACGAAAUGGCCAGUGGAGGAUUAUGGGAAAUUCUUUGACGGGGAUUCCUACAUUGUCUUAAAUACAUACCAGAAGCCGGACUCGGAUGCACUUCUGUACGAUGUCCACUUCUGGAUAGGAAAAUACAGCACACAGGAUGAAUAUGCCACCGCCGCCUACAAGACCGUGGAGUUGGACACCUUUCUGGAUGACAUCCCGGUACAGCAUAGAGAAGUUCAAGGCCAUGAAUCCAAACUUUUCAAAUCCUACUUCAAAGUAUUCACAUAUCUACAUGGAGGUGCAGAGAGCGGUUUCCGACAAGUCAAACCCGAACAGUACAUACCGAGACUUUUCCAUUUCCAUGGCGACAAGAGGGGCGUCACAGUCAAGGAGAUUCCCCGGAUGGAGAAGUAUAUUGACGACACGGAUGUGUACAUCUUAGAUCUGGGUCUGCAAAUUUACCAAUACAACGGACGGGGCGCCAACAAGGACGAGCGAAUCCGAGCCUUGCACUAUGUCAACGAUUUGAGAAUGGAGAGAAGCGGCAAGGCUGUGAAGGCGACUGUGCUGGACCAGAUUACAGGGGGCACGGGACCAUUCUUCCGAUACCUCAAUCAGACCGAUGUAGAUGAGGACUUUGAUACAGAGAACAUUGCCGACCAGACAGACGACAAUAUAGAACCGGAACUGUACAGAUUGUCAGAUGCAAAGGGAUGUCUUGAGUUCUCUCUGGAGAAAACGGGUCCGGUUAAAAUCGGCGAUUUCGAUAGAAACGACGUCUUUAUUUUCGACACCAAGCAGGAAUUGUUUGUGUGGGUGGGCAGUCAAACAACCCACCAGGAGAGGAAGAACGCAAUGACCUAUGCACAUAAUUAUUUGAUGAAGACAGGACACCCCUUGAUUCCAGUCAGUUGUCUCAACGAGGGCGCCGCCAACAAUUCCUUCAAUAUGGCUAUCACUGCUUGAGAAAGCCGACCACAGAAGAGCUUGAAUCAACAUGAACUCAGCUCAUCCACUUCGAACGCUUUCUGCGUAACUACUGAUAUUUCUAUAAAUCAAAAUGAUCGUCUAUUUCGCCAUUCGUUUCGACUGAGACUAUUAUCUGCUUAAUAUAUCCUUAAACACGAUUUUUGACUUCGUUUUGUGAAAAAAAAUUCAAAUGUGAAUAUGCUGAAUGUCGUCUUUAUCUUAUGUUUGACUGCUCCACCGGGAUUUUACAUGUAUUCAUAUCCCACAAUAUAAUGUGUAGACGGAAACACCCUGAUCAUUUCAUUUUGAGCAUUAAUGGUGUCUGGAAUUAGUAGUGUAUAGUCAUAAGGUAUUGUUUGGUAUAGCAAUUUAUGAUUAAUGUAGUAGGAGUUAUUUGCAUUUAUCUCUCUCUCUCUUCUUCUUCUUCUUCUUGGUCGCGAAUCAAGAUUUUGAGAAUGCGAGGUACUCCCCCUCUGAGGCAUUAGUGAAUUUGUGAAUCCGCGUCAGACUGAUGGUAUCAUUUAUAUACUAGAUCAUAUCAUUGUAAUGGCAAUCACCAAAAAACGGGCCCCUGCUUUGAAAGGAGGUACUCUACAUCGUCAUAAUGGCUGACUUCCUUUAAAAACAUGAUGAAAAAAAAUCAGUAUCAGCAAUAUUUGACUUUGCGUUAUAUGUGCUAAGCCAAGAUCCAUAACUCUUUGAAUCAUAGAUAAACAAAAUUCAUUGAUACAUGUAUACAUGUAAGUUCGCAUUUAAUCCUCAGUUCAGUAGCUACAGUAAUGGUUCUUUGGUUUAUGCUAUUUAACUCUAUGUUUUCUUUGUUUUGCUUUUUAUUUUAUUUUAUCAUUUGUUUUAUUUUUGGUUUUGUUUUGUUUUGUUUGUUUUUGUUUUUAUGAUUAUUAUUUUUAAUUCUUCUAAGAAUCCAAGAACUGUAACAAAAUUUAUGAAUGUUGUUUUUAUAGUGAAAUUUUCUAUAUUUUUAUAAUAUAUCUAUUGAUUAUAAGGAGUAAGAUACUUCUAAUCUGUGCACUGGUGCACGUGUCUUUAAUUUUGGAACAAUGAAUUUAACGUGAUACCCUUGUUAACAAUUUUAAUCAUCAUGUUUUGGUUGUCUGUUAAUGUUGGUAAUUUUUUAAAUUGGUUUUCAUAUGAAUAAAAGAGAUUAUUUCACA